AUGGACAGAAACACUGCAGAGCGAAUCGCCGCAAUCCUAACCUCAGAAAAUUUCCAAACUGGACAUGAAAUAUCAAGAGCUACAUCACCGGGCGGAGAGCCCGUGGAAGCAGACGGUUCAAAAAAGGCCCGAGUUCGACCACGCACCUACCCCUACUUCAGCUACUUGCCAUACCAGACCGAAGACGACAGCCAGCGAGAGGAAAAUUUACAUGAGAUCUUGAGUUGUUUAUAUGUUGCUAUCAAGGCGGGAGAUUUCAGUCCUGGCGCUGUGCAUUGGACUCGAGAGUUGAGAGGAUGGCUUUCGUUAAAGUUUGAUCCUACUCGUGAAGAGCGGAUUAAGCUUGUGAGGCUGUAUUAUGAAUUGUCGCUUGCUCCGGGGAUAGAUCCGAAUGUGGCGGAACGGUUUGCCAGCAUGUUUAUGCUGCUUACAAAACGGAAACAUUACCUUCGACCUGUGAAAGAUCUCGUGCUGGACUGGAAACCGCUGUUCAAAGAAAUCAAGGCAUUUGUGCUGCCAACGGAAUCCGGCUUGAUUCAAUCUACGAACUUGAAGCGCAAUAUCAAGACACUCACAAAGCUCUGUGCGUUUGCUCAGCUUUAUUUCGAUCCAUGUGAGCUACUGGCGAUGUUGGAGGAAUUCCUCCCUCAUUUCACAACUUCGUUUUCAGAAGGUGCUUUCGUCGUUGUUGGGUUGAUGAAUUUAUUGCUGCCCACGUCUCCUGCACCGGAGCAUCGGGAUGAUUUGCGUCCACAGAAAUUCCUCCCUACCUACUUCCACCUAUGGUCGCUUGUCAACCGGUCGAAGACAUUUGAUAUGAAUUUCUUAGAUCUAUUGUCUCGACUAGCAAGAGACUCCCUGCCCGCGUCUCACAUCCCCUUCUCCGAAUACGGCAUUUUUACCAAAGAUCAAUCCUCUCUCAUUUUUACAGCUAUUCUCAGACUGCUUGAAAUUCCCGUCGGACAAGCAACUUCCCCAUACAGUGCCCUUGUUGAUAUUUCUUCCGGCCUUGGUAUCAUGCUUGACCGCGAUUCAAGGAAGCACCCCGUUGCGCAUCACAUAGCCCGCUGGAUCGUGAUGUCUUUGUCGCCUGCGUGCUUGGACUCACCGGAUUCUAUCCUCCAUCAGCUUGAAGGUUUGAUUCAGGCUGUAGAGACAUUCUUCCAUCCCUCUAACUCUGGAAAUUGGACCAAGACGCUCGCGCAGCUGGUCUACUACCUGUCUGAUUUCUUCAUCAUGCGGUGGAACCGCGAACACAAUGGAGAAAUGGAGGUGCCUCCUGAAAGGAAGCUAAAUGAGCCUCUCAAGAAACGAUUUGUGCUGUGUCUACGGGAUGUGAUCUUCAUGGGUAUCUACGCAAAGAGUGGAACCGCAAUGAAUUUCUCGCUCUCUACUUUACAAAGUCUAGCCUACCUCGAACCCCAACUCAUCUUACCCGGGGCUCUACAAAGGAUUUAUCCAUCUAUGCAAGGGUUGGUCGAAGUGCAUCGAACAACUUCAUCUCUCAGGUCUUUGCAAGUUCUCUCCAGAAUUAUUGCUCGCACCAAAGGAUUCCGUUGUCACAUGACAACUCUGCUAGGUCUUGCAUUACCUGGUAUUGAUCCCAAUGAUCUGGAGAAAUCUAUGCAUGCAUUGUCUUUCAUUCAGUCUGUCUGUUACAAUAUCCCCUUCGAAGACCUAACGAAAGGACGAGAUGAUGUCAAUUGCAAUAUGCUAGCUAUGCAAUGGAUAACAGGCGAGGUUGAAAGAAUGGAAGUAGAAGGAGCCAAUGUGCAGCUCAACUAUGACACCGACCUGAGCGACGAAACAGAGGAAAUGAUUCUCCGUUCAUCUACCACUGGUUUCGGCGAGUUUUUGAUCUCUUUCCUCGGACGAGUCUUUACUCUUUUAGAGAAUUUGCCUGAUGCCUCGCGGGUGAAGAGUGGUUCACCUGAAGAGAACGUUGUCAAUACCCUUCCUGCAACUCUCAUGCCAUUGUUGUCGGCACUAUCUCCAGAGCUAUAUGACAUGGCUCUUCAGAAAGUCGUUGACUUUGUCUCGAACCAUGUCAUCCACCAAGCCAGAGACGCAAUGGCUUUCAUCUGUAACGCUGUUUGCAAGGUGAACCCUGAAAAGGCUCUCAAACGUUUUGUGCCACUCUUGAUCCAAGGUAUUCGUUCUGAAAUCGACGAGAAUGGCGCAGCUUCUACCCGAACAACUGGGUCCGAGGUUCUUCCAAGAGACAGGGCGCUUGUAUGGAACGUAAGCAUGCUUAGCAUGUGCGUGGUCCACGUCGGAAGUGCAGUUCUUAACCAUAAACAAGAGCUUCUGGACAUUGCGAUCUACAUGCAAGAAAAGUGCAAAGGCAUCCCAACUAUUCACGUUUCAAACUUCAUCCACCAUCUCCUGCUUAACCUCACGGUUACUUACACCUUGGAUUACGGGCUUUUCGAGCUUGAAGAUAUCAAGGACGGAAUCAAAAUUGAGCAUUGGGGCUAUUGUCCCGAUCCCCAGAACCUCAACAUCAACUGGCACGUACCAAACCGACAAGAAAUUGAGUUUGCCGUAGCACUCUUCCAGAGUCAAGCAGAAAGCGCAUUGUCACAACUCACCGCUUUGACCGACGGAACGUCUAGCGUGAAACGUGAUGGAAGUGGAAAAGAGUGGUCUGACGAGGUGACACGGAAGCUUGUGUUGCUACGACUCAUCAUUUCUGGUAUCUCUGUGCUUUUUGACCCAAAGGCUGCUUCAAAGGCUGGCGGUGACACCAAUGGGUCCAGCGAUGUUGAGAUAACCGAGACUAAUGGGCACAUCGCCGAGGAGGAAGAUCAGGAUGACAAUGAUGACUCUUCGCUUGACAGUUCUGACGAAGAGACUGUGCGAGAGACUUUCACCUACCCCACUGGAUACUCGUUGACAGAAGAUGAUCCAUUGUACCAUACUAUACACGAUAUCCGAAAGCGGGCGGGCUUUAUUCUCCAUGAUGUACAUCGAUUCCUCACGGACAAGCAGGAAGACGAUGUUCCUUGUUUUGGCGCCCUAUACACCGCUUACAGGUCCUGGUUCAUUGAUGUUGGCAUUGAAAGAUCAGCCCAUGUGUUGGACCGAGUCACACGUCUUCUCGCUGCAGACAUUCAUCCAUAUAAAGUGAGCGGAGUACGCAAAGACUAUCCACGACCACUUCUUGUCCGAAGAGCAAAUGUGUAUCAUCUACAGCGUUUGCGACACAAUGCUGCUCCUCGGCCAAGAUCGAAGCUUGAUGAAAUACUCUUCCUUGACUUGGCUGAAUCGAGCGUUUCACUUUAUACCGAUAUCCGACGAAAUGCUCAGAAUGCCGGCGAAUCUGCAUUAAAGGCUGUCUGGGGAUCGCGACUAGUGGUUAUACCACCGUUGCUCCAAGCCUUGCAAAAAGCUAUCAAGGAGAAUGAUCACGCCAGGAUAAAGGGUGCUUUGUAUUCGCUCUUGUAUGGAAGUCUAGCCAAGACGGUAGGACGUCAUUGGAAGUAUACUCCAGACGUUGUUCGAGCUUUUAUCGAUGCCAGCAGCGUCGACAAGCCGUCUGUCCAGAAACUAUGUUCCGGUGCUAUCUACCAGAUCAUGGAAUACGGGCGUCCUCUGGAAAGAAUGGCUGUGCUGAACGAAGAGCUUGUCGAUUCUAUUGCACCGGCUGAAAACGUCGAAGACACAAUUACGCAAAAGCGCAACUCGAUCAGCAAGAAACGAGUUCAGAUCGAGGGUAAGAAAGCAGAACUUGCCGAAGAGCUUGUGGAGAUGGCUCAGACCUCCCACUGGAAGAUUGCUAGCCGGGCUGCCAGCAUCGUAGUCAGCAUGGGCUUGAGGUUCGAUCACAUCGCAAGCGAGAAGCUUAUCGAUUUGGUGACCAAUGGAUCUAUCGAUACUCAUCCUGGUCUUCGAGGAAUGUAUUCGCAGGCUCUGAUAGCUCUUUUCACUAUGAUUGACGUUCGCGCCAUUUGCAAUCACAGCUAUGAGAACUAUAUCCUGGGAGAGCAGAGUUUCCCGGCCCGAAUUCAAGUCGCUACCAAACGAUAUGAAAAGGGGUGGACGGAAGAAUACCUGGCUAGCUUUGCUAAACCUUCAGCGGAAUAUUACAUCGAUCAUGAUUUCCCUGGUUGGCUGGUUUGGUCAAGCAAGAUGCCUGCUUACAAGGCCAAUAUCAAGAAAGAUAUUGAAUACGACGACGUGGAAUGGACGAUUCGUAAACAUAUGGGCCAGCUUCUUGACCGUCAAUGGUUCCGUAGCUUCUUUGCCUAUCUCAAACAAGAACCUCGCGAUGCGUCCGCCGACAAAUUCCGCAUGGCAUGUGCCAUGAUGUUGCUGUAUACUUUUGAGUUGAUGAUCAGAGACGAGCUUACUGCAGCUACUUUUGAAGAGAUCAAGGAAGAGAUCGAGCUAGUCUUUGAAGACGGAAGUGACAAACACCAACAUAGAGCGACAGCAGAGAUCCUUGGCGCACUGAUUAGUUCUGUUGCAGACACAGAUGUCGAGAAGAGGAAUAUGGUGUGGGAGUAUGCCUUCCCCAUGGUCAAGAAAAUCUUGGAAGACGGCCUUACUCCUGAGAAUUCUGGGUACUGGACAACUUUCCUGCAUAUGAUCCUUCAAUGCAGAGAUCCUCGUCGUUCUUGGCCUUUGGUUGAUUGGCUGGCGUCAUUCAAGCUAGACAUGUUGUCCAAUGCAGCUUUCAAAGAGAGCUCGAAGAUUAGUCUCUUGCACCAGUGCGUCAUAGAUGCAGGUUGGCACUUUCAGCUUGAGAAGCCGAUUGUCGAGGAUUUUGUAUCGCAUCUCGACCAUCCUUAUAAGGGAGUGCGUGAGGCUAUGGGUCAUACUUUGGGAUCGAUCUUCCGGACUAGGUAUCACGAAUCUCAUGCAGAUGUCGAUAGCUUGAUCGAGGCUCAAAACUCUUCAUCGUCUAUUGGAACAUAUCCUUAUUACCCAUCGAAGGACUUUUCAGAAAUGCUGACCACAGUCUUUGAGAGACUCAAAGUUUGGCGACACGAACGUCAGCCGGGCCAGCAGACUCCGUCGUCCUACACAUCUGGAAGCAAGACGGUACUACUCUGGCUAGACUCGACUCUAUCUUCUCAUGAAUGCACGCAAUUGGUACCGCUCUUUGCGACAACAUUCACCGAAGAGUUGCUCCAUAUGAUGGAUGUCAAAGAAGACCCCGAACUCCAGUCACUCGCAUACCAUGUUUUCCGCCACCUCCCUAAUAUUCCUUAUCCAGCCGAGAACGAGUCAUCGUUUAUCGAAACCUUGGUGCAUAUCGGACAGCGUGCGACAUCAUGGCAUCAGCGACUCCGUGUGAUGAUCAACAUGCAGAUAAUCUACUUCCGCCGCUUGUUCCUGCUCUCUGCAAGCGACCGCGACAAGCUGUUUGAAUGUGUUGCCAACAUGCUCCAAGACAGCCAACACGAAGUCCGUGUCGGCGCAUCCGCAACCCUCUCCGGCAUGAUCAGAUGCUCCCCCGUUGCAUUACGAGAAGCAUAUGUCGCAAAAUUCCAAGAAAGAUUCACAAAAACCCUCGUCAAAAACCCCUUACCCAAAAAACCAAAAAGUCACAUUGACCGCUCAUCAGCUACAUCCAGUCGAACGGGAACGCCAACCCCGGAACAUACACGACUGAUUAUAAUCCGACAUGCCGCUGUUCUAGGGUUGGGCGCCCUGGUUCAAGCGUUCCCCUACGCAAGCCCACCACCGUAUUGGAUGCCAGAUGCAUUGACGACGCUGAGUACCAAGGCCGCCCAUGACCCCGGCGUUGUUGGGUCGAGCGUGAAGAGUAUUAUUAGUGAAUUCAAAAAGACGAGACAAGAUACUUGGCAUAUUGAUCAAAAGGCUUUCACAUCGGAUCAACUUGAGGAUCUGUCGGGAGUUUUGUGGAAGAGCUAUUUUGCUUAA